CUCUCCCACAAGAGAUUUUCUUUUUUCCCUCUCUCUCUCUAGUUCCGUGUACCUUCCUCCAUUUUUUUUCUCCAACUUUCCUCUUUCUUCUUCUUCUUCUUCUGGUCCUUGGCAGGCAUAGGAAUUUGAAAAGUGAAGUAUGAUCUGGGGAAGAUCUUACAGCGGUUACUUGUUAGUGUUGGGGUGGUUGUACGUGUACAGUGCUAGUUUGGUUUCUGGUGGAGACAUAGUUCACCACGAUGACUCUCUUCCUAAUAGACCUGGUUGCAACAACAAUUUCGUCUUGGUCAAAGUCCCAACUCGAGUCAGUGGGAAAGAAAAAGAGGAGUAUGUUGGUGUUGGUGCUAGGUUUGGUCCAACCUUGGAGUCUAAGGAGAAACAUGCUACCCUCAUCAAUCUCGCUGUUGCUGACCCUCCUGACUGCUGCACCACUCCCAAAUUUAAGCUUACUGGAGAGGUCAUUCUUGUUCACCGUGGUAACUGCAGUUUUACCACCAAAACUAAGGUAGCUGAAGCAGCUGGUGCCUCUGCCAUCAUUAUCAUUAACAACAGCACUGAUCUUUUCAAGAUGGUAUGUGAGAAGGGUGAAGACGUUUUAGAUAUCAAUAUUCCUGUUGUUAUGCUCCCUCUUGAUGCUGGUUCAAGUCUCCAAAAAUUCGUCGACGCUAACGACACUGUUACUUUGCAGCUAUAUUCGCCGAAACGUCCAGCAGUUGAUGUGGCUGAGGUCUUUCUCUGGCUUAUGGCUGUUGGUACCAUUCUUUGUGCUUCUUAUUGGUCGGCCUGGACCGCUAGGGAAGAAGCCAUUGAGCAAGACAAGCUGCUAAAGGAUGGAUCAGAUGAACUUUUGCAGGUAUCAACCACAAGCUCUAGAGGGGUUGUUGAGAUCACCGUGAUAUCAGCAAUUUUGUUCGUGGUGGUUGCUUCUUGUUUCCUCAUCAUGCUCUACAAGCUUAUGUCAUUCUGGUUUAUAGAAGUGUUGGUCGUACUCUUUUGCAUAGGUGGCGUAGAGGGGCUGCAAACCUGUUUGGUCGCUUUGCUCUCAUGUUUCAGAUGGUUCCGCAGCAUUGGAGAAUUUUAUGUCAAAGUUCCAUUCCUUGGUGCAGUCUCAUAUUUGACGCUGGCCAUUUGUCCGUUUUGCAUAGUAUCUGCUGUUAUAUGGGCAGUUUACCGCCAAUACUCGUUCGCUUGGAUAGGGCAAGAUAUCCUUGGAAUCUCGCUGAUAAUCACAGUUCUUCAAAUCGUCAGGGUUCCAAAUCUUAAGGUUGGAGUUGUUCUUCUCAGCUGCGCCUUUAUGUAUGAUAUCUUCUGGGUUUUUGUUUCAAAAUGGUGGUUCCGUGAAAGCGUGAUGAUUGUGGUAGCCCGUGGAGACAAAAGCGGAGAGGACGGCAUCCCAAUGCUACUAAAGAUCCCACGUAUGUUUGAUCCUUGGGGUGGCUACAGUAUCAUCGGUUUUGGCGAUAUCAUCUUACCUGGACUUCUUGUCACCUUUGCACUAAGAUACGACUGGCUGGCAAACAAGAAGCUCAAGUCAGGAUACUUCCUUGGGGCAAUGUCUGCUUAUGGUCUAGGUCUCCUCAUAACAUAUAUUGCACUAAACUUGAUGGAUGGACACGGGCAACCAGCUUUGCUUUACAUUGUUCCAUUCAUACUUGGUACUUUGAUAGUGUUAGGUCACAAGAGAGGUGACCUGGAGACCCUGUGGACAACAGGGGAACCAGAGAGGCCAUGUCCUCACGCUCGCCUUCAACCUCAAUCUUAGAAAAGACCCCAGCGAGAUGAGUCUGUAGUUUUUUUUAUUGUUAAUAGACG